CGAUCAAAGCCCAACAAGAAAUAUUACGGAUAGGAUGUAGCCCAAAAUGUUUAUAUCUCGAACCUAAAUCAAUCGUCCAAAGCCCGUCCAAGAAUAUAAAAACGUAAAAACCCUAACUCAUCCUCUUGAAGAGUAUAGAGUUUUAGCCGAAAACCCAGCAGAUCUUCCAUCACCUUCCCACUUCACAGCCAUGGGUAUCGACUUGAAAGCAGGAGGCAAAAGCAAGAAUACCAAGCGCACUGCGCCUAAAUCUAAUGAUGUUUACCUUAAAUUGCUCGUCAAGCUGUACCGAUUCCUUGUGAGAAGAACUGGUAGCAGAUUCAAUGCUGUGAUUUUGAAGAGGCUUUUUAUGAGCAAGAUUAACAAGGCUCCCCUUUCUUUGUCUAGGCUGAUUAAGUACAUGGAGGGCAAGGAUGGGAAGGUUGCUGUAUUGGUAGGAACAGUGACUGAUGAUGUGAGGGUGUAUGAGGUUCCUACCCUUAAGGUUUGUGCCCUUAAGUUCACUGAAACUGCUAGGGCUCGUAUUGAAAAGGCUGGUGGUGAAUGCCUCACUUUUGAUCAGUUGGCUUUGAGAGCUCCUCUUGGCCAGAACACGGUUCUACUAAGGGGUCCUAAGAAUGCUAGGGAAGCCGUCAAGCACUUCGGUAAGGCUCCUGGUGUUCCUCACAGCCACACCAAGCCAUAUGUUCGAUCUGAGGGCAGGAAAUUUGAGAGGGCUAGAGGUAGACGUAACAGCCGUGGUUACAGGGUUUAAGUCGUAUUUCAUAGUUAUUUUAUCUCAUAUCCUUACAGACUUGUGUCAAUCAAGCCGCGUGUUGCAGUUAUUUUGUUUUUGUUUUUGUUUUGAGAUUUAGCAAAACAGAAUAUUAGUUGUAACAGAUGCUCUCGACUUCUAUUUGGAGGUAAAUUUUGUUUUAAGA